AGGCUGAACCGCCCAGGAGCAGCCCAGACCGGAAUGUCCAGCAGACUCUUGCUCCAGCUCCUGGGGUUCUGGCUGUUGCUGGGCCAGCCUUGCAGGGCGCGAGUCUCGGAGGAGUGGAUGGACCAAGUCAUUCAGGUGUGCGGCCGUGGAUAUGCCCGCGCAUGGAUCGAAGUCUGCGGAGCCUCCGUGGGAAGACUGGCUUUGAGCCAGGAGGAGCCAGCUCCGCUAGCCAGGCAAGCCACUGCAGAAGUUGUGCCAUCCUUCAUCAACAAAGACGCGGAGCCUUUCGAUAUGACGUUGAAAUGCCUUCCAAAUUUGUCUGAGGAGCGGAAGGCAGCACUGUCUGAGGGGCGAGCACCGUUCCCAGAGCUACAACAACACGCACCCGCGUUGAGCGAUUCCGUUGUUAGCUUGGAAGGAUUUAAGAAAACUUUGCACAAUCAGCUGGGUGAAGCAGAAGAUGGCGGUCCUCCAGAGCUCAAAUACUUACGCUCAGACGCUCAGUCACGGAAAAAGAGGCAGUCUGGCGCACUGCUCAGUGAGCAGUGUUGCCACAUCGGCUGUACCAGAAGAUCCAUUGCUAAACUCUGCUGAUACGGAGCUAAUGGUGCGCAACCCGGGCAGCAUCCGUGUGCGUUCUUGCUACCUGGCUGAUGCCUCUUUCUGUCCCCCUUUCUUAUUUAUUAGGAUCUGAGAAACCAUAAUUCACACUUGGAUUUGUCCUUUGAUAGGAGAGAAAUGUUCUCUGCAUUGUUGUAGUUCUGUUAAUAAUAUUUUUAUGCAAAACUUA